AUGAGACAUAGUAACACAAUCAAUUUUAUUUUACAACGAAGAUUUUUAGUAUCCAGUAAUGCAAGUAUAAGUAAUUUAGAUGUUUCUUCAUUUAAUAGGGGGAAAAAAAAUUUUCAAAAAAGGAUUUUCUCAAACUUUUUGUUUUCUAAACUUUUUAUUUUGUAUUUCUUCUCCGUUUUAUAUCUCUUCUCAUUACAUAUAUGCGUAUCUAAAGACAAUGCAUUUUCAGAAUUACAAUUAAAUAAAGUGUAUAACAGAAAAUUAGCUGAACAUAUCCCUGAAAAAGGGGAAGAUUCAAAGCAAAAAAAAACUAAUUUUGAUAUAAAUGAGGAUGAAAAAUUGCAGUCAAACUAUAGAAGUUCUAUAAAGUCCGAACUAAAUCAAAGUGAUAAACAUAAUCAUGAAGUAAUGAGCGAAUCGAAAAAAAAACAAAUACUAGAAGAAAGUGAUCGAAUUGAAAAGAAGAAUGAUAACGUGCAUGCUAAAAUGGACAAACGUGAAAUGAAUGAUGAAAUGGGCAAACAAAAAAUACAAAAUGAAGGUUGCGCAAUUUCAUUAGGUAAAAGAAGUUCAGAAUUAAAUUAUCAAAUGUGUGAAGAUGAAAUAAUUGAAAGAAUUCAAAAUUUAGACAAUAAUCCAAGCAUAGAAGAUAUAUAUAUACUAUGGUGGCAAGUACGUGGUGAUCAGAGAAAUAAUUUCCUUGAAAUAAUAGAAUAUUUAAAAUAUAUAUUUUAUUCACUGACGAAUAAGUAUAAUUUUGAGGAAUGUUUCAUAAAAAAGGAAUGGAAUAAAUGGUAUCAUGGCGUUUUAAGUGAUUUAAUAAAUAUGGAAACUAUUGAUAAUAAAAAUUUUUAUUCUAUAUAUAAGAAAGAAACAUGGACACGCGAAAAAUUUAAAGAUUUUAUAGAUAAAAAUAUACUAGUAUGGAAGAACCAUAAGAUGAGUACAAAAAAAAAGUGGGAAAAUAUUUUGACUGAUGAUUUUAUCAACGAAGAAAAAAAACGUGCAGAUAAUUCACAACAAGGUUAA